AUGGUGACUAUCGAGGACUACGACGUGUCCGAGUGUUUCCACCACAGUCGCUCCACGGAGUCGGUGAAGUCCAUCGUGUCGGAGACUUAUCUGAGCAAACCUAGCAUCGCCAAGAGGAGAGCCAACCAGCAGGAGACCGAGCAGUUCUACUUCAUGAAAUUCCGGGAGUUUCUGGAGGGCAGUAACCUCAUCGCAAAACUGCAGGCAAAACACGACUUGUUAAAGAGGACUCUGGGUGAAGGACACCGAGCGGACUACAUGACCACGAGCCGCGGACGCCGGAACUCGCACGCUCGACACCAGGAUUCUGGACAGGCCAUUCCCCGUGUGGUCGAGAGCUGCAUUCGCUACAUUAAUUUAUACGGUCUCCAACAUCAAGGCAUAUUCCGAGUGUCUGGGUCCCAACUCGAAGUCAACGAUAUUAAGAACUCCUUUGAAAGAGGAAACGAUCCGCUGACAGACGAAGAGAAUAACCACGACAUUAACUCGGUGGCUGGAGUUCUGAAAUUGUACUUUCGAGGCCUGGAGAAUCCGCUGUUCCCCAAGGAGCGCUUUAAUGAACUGCUUUCAUGCAUCAGAGUGGAAAACCUGUAUGAACGAGCUCUCUACAUCCGGAAGAUUCUUCUGUCCAUCCCUCGCUCUGUUCUGGUCGUCAUGCGCUACCUCUUUGCCUUCCUUAACCAUCUCUCUCAGUACAGCGACGAGAACAUGAUGGACCCGUACAAUCUGGCCAUUUGCUUCGGGCCGACCCUGAUGCCCACUCCAGAGUGCCAGGACCAGGUCUCGUGCCAGGCCCAUGUGAACGAGAUCAUCAAGACCAUCAUCAUCCACAAUGAAACCAUCUUCCCAGACGCCAAAGAGUUGGACGGACCCAUUUAUGAGAAGUGCAUGGCGGGCGGAGACUAUUGCGAGAGUCCGUUCAGCGAACACGGAGCUCUGGAGGAGGUGGAGAACGAGGGAGGGACCGAGGCGCACACCAGCGAGGACGAGGGGGAGCCCAUUGAAGCCAUCGCCAAGUUUGACUACGCCGGGCGCUCGUCACGGGAGCUGUCGUUCAAGAAGGGGGCCUCUCUCCUGCUUUACCAGCGGGCCUCUGAGGACUGGUGGGAGGGACGGCACAACGGCAUCGACGGCCUGGUGCCACAUCAGUAUAUCGUUGUACAGGACAUAGAUGACAACUUCUCGGACACCCUGAGCCAGAAGGCGGACAGCGAGGCGAGCAGUGGUCACGCCGGGGAGGACAAGUGCUCGGGGAAAGACCUGAACUCUCCCACCGACGCCCGGAUCGCAGACGCCUACAUCAGCAGCAGACACAGAAAGAGAUCUGAGCCUCCAUCGCGGCGGCCGCCUGUGCGCCCCACAGACGUCCUGUGUAUGGUGCACCCCUCCCAGCCGGGGCACGCGGGACACGGCUGCACCCCUGACAUGGGCUCCCCGGUCCUCAGCCACUUCAGCCCCCGCGACGUCCUGCGCAGUCGGAACCACCUCCCCGUGGACAGUCCGGAGCGGCGGCGACGCACCGGCCACGGCAGCCUCACCAACAUCAGCCGUCACGAGUCCCUGAAGAAGAUGGAGAGCCCCCCCAUCCGCCGCUCCACCUCGUCCGGCCAGUACCCAGGCUUUUCAGACACGCACCAUCACCACGGGGGCAAAGGCCUGGACCCGGAGACCAUCGCUCAGGACAUAGAGGAAACCAUGAACACUGCCCUGAACGAGCUGCGUGAGCUGGAGAGGCAGAGUUCAGCCAAACACGCGCCCGACGUGGUGCUGGACACUCUGGAGCAGCGACAGAGCGGCGGCGGCGGCGGCGGUCUCUCUCACAGCUCCAGCGAGUCUCUAAGCCCCAUCCACGGAGUCCUGCUGCGUCCCACCGCCCACACCGAGCCCCCCAUCCGCCGCACCACCAGCUCCUCCAGCGACGCCAUGAGCACGUUCAAGCCGGUGGUGACUCCGCGCAUGGGAGUGCAGCUCAAGCCCCCUGCGCUCAGGCCCAAGCCCCUGGUCAUGCCUAAGAACAACCAGCCUCCACAGGGGCCCGCCACUCCCACUCAGGACCCACUGGACAAGUCCUGCACCAUGUAG